AUGAAAUCUCAACACCCCAAGCUAAAAAUUGCACCCCGUCCACUUUUUUCUUGCGGAUUUUUUCGCAACUGUAUUCAAACAGUGCUCAGUCCGACCACCACCACUUCUCCAACACUCCCUUUCCCAAGCUUCACCCAAUUGAGGUUCCCACUGACUAACUCCCUCAUCUCUCACCAUUUUAUACACCCGUAUCAGCAAACUCAAGAAAAGCCAAAGAUUUCGGAGCCCACCCCACCAAGAAAAGCGCCUGAUUCUCUGCCGCCGCCGCAACUAUCUGCUACCAAGUUGGAAGAAACUUUUCAUGUUGCGGAGCUUCAUUUCAGCUCUGGAUCCGACGAAGACAAGCUCGGCGCGCUACACCUGCUAGAAAAGUCACUCGUUCCAAACCCACGCGCAGUCGCGGACGGUGGAGAUGCAGGGGCAUGCCCGGCUACGGUCAUGAAAUGGGUAGUGGGCUGUCUAAAAGAAAGGGUCAUGGCUAAGUCGGCGCAGUCGAAACCGAGGUAG